GUUGCAUAGCAAGCUUGUCGCUCGAUGACUCAAUUACUCGUCGCUACUAGUUCUCGCUGCGCAGCUGUGUCACGCCCUACGGAGCUAUAAGACCUGCAGAGGUCCUCUCGAAUCGAGAGCACAAUUCGACCAUAUGCCAAUCACCGACAUCGUAGCACCACCUACAUAAACCGCUACAUAGCUGUCUACCGCUCGCAGCAAUACCUCCGAUAUGCCAGACGUCACAGCUAUGGAUAUCGAUAGCGAUUAUGGCUUCCUGGCCUCCGCUAUCGAGGUAGUCGCUAAAGAUCCUUCGCUUAUGGACGUCGAUAGGCAUCACGAAGGUCAGCCAGAUCUUCCCUCUACGGUACCGAGAGCGUAUCAACAAGAGAUUCUCGAGGAGGCAUACAAGAGGAACAUCAUCGCUGUUCUUCCGACUGGAGUAGGAAAGACCUUGAUUGGGGCGCUGCUGAUCAAGAGGACGGUGAAAGAGAUGGCCCGUAUGAACCAGAAGAAGCUCGCGGUGUUCCUGGUGCCAUCCGUCCCGCUCGUGUAUCAGCAAAGUGACUUCAUUAGGACCGAAACCAAGCUAAACGUCAAGAACUUUUGCGGCGAGAUGGGUGUCGACUUCUGGGAUCGCGAGCAAUGGCUGCAAGAACUGGAUAUCGGCAAGACCGACGUGAUUGUCUGUACACCACAGAUCUUUUACAACUGCUUGACCCAUGCCUACAUCUUUAUGGAGCAAUGCAGUCUUUUAAUCAUUGACGAAUGCCACCACGCUCGCAAAAAGCAUCCUCUCAAUACGACGAUGUCGCACUUCUACCAUACCAUCGGUAAAGGUCGCAAUCGCCCAAAGAUCCUUGGACUCACCGCUAGUCCCAUCUGGAACCCCCGUAACCCCUUCGACAGUCUCGCGGAGCUCGAAUCCAACUUGCAAGCUUCCACCAUCGCAGUGAAAUUCAACAUGGAGGAACUAGGUUACUUCUCUUCCAAGCCGGUUGAAAUCGUUGAAUACUACCACGAUAAUCAGCUUUGGGAAGCUGGCGAACUGCACAAAGCUCUAAAGGAAAUGAGCUUCAGGGGGACCGAAGAUACGCCCUGGGAGAGUAUCGAGGUUAAGGCCGAUGUUGCCCGCAGGGUCCUCGGACCCGUCGGAGUCAGCCACUUUUUAAGCCAGCUAUAUGCCAAGCCAGUCCAGACGGAGCUCAGAGCCGCUUCUUACACCUUGCGAAUGCCCGAGGAACAACUACGCAUCUUGAAGAAGGCCGAUCAAGCCAUCAAGGCAGCAGAUGCCUCGCUGCCUGAUUCUCUACCGGCAUCGGUCCUUCCCAACAAGAUUUGCAAGCUCGUUCAGAUCUUGACGCAAUACAGGAAGUCUUCCCUAGAGACGGUCAGCACGGACGUAGGCUUCCAAUGCAUCAUCUUUGUGAUGCAACGUCAUGUCGCGUUUGGUCUCUCGUGGAUGCUCGAACGCGUCGAAGAAUUGAAGAGUUGGCUCAAGAUCAAGACUUUGGUAGGACACGGUAGUCGCAAGUCCUUGGAGGGACAGAGUCAGGACUUCAAGCAGCAACAAGAAACGGUCAAGGAGUUUAAAGAUGGAAAAUACAACGUCCUGAUCAGCACUGCUGUCGGGGAGGAAGGUCUAGAUUUCCCGGCUUGCGACUUGGUCAUCCGCUUCGACCCAUUGCAAACCAUGAUCGGUUACGUUCAGAGUCGAGGCAGGGCUAGACAUCAGAAAUCCAAAUUUAUCCUCAUGUUGAAUCAAGAUCAGCCUGACGAGAUCAAGAAUUACCAGCACUUCAUCAACCAGGAGCCAAUGCUAGACGAGAUGUAUCGAGCCGACCGUAGCGAAGCUCCUGCUUACGACAUGGACAACGCGCGGAUCAGCAGAUAUGACCAAGCGCUCAGAGAGACAUUCACUGUUCCUGAGACUGGAGCAGUUCUCACCUAUGAAGGUGCCGUCCCUUUGGUCGAGCAGACGUGCUCUCUAUUGCCCCACGCCAUGGGCGUCGCACCCCCUCGGCCGGCAUACGAGGAAACCACCACCAUGUCGGACGGGAACCCUUGCUAUUUCAUCUCGAACCUGCGGUUGCCUACGGCGGUACCUCUACCUCGUAACGCGUUGCUUUUCAUGGGCACACCACGUACCAGCAAGUCCGAGGCUAAGCGAGCCGUCGCUUUCGAAGCUGCAAAGACGCUGUAUAGGUACAAGCUGCUCAACGAGUACCUCUUACCGCAUCGGGAGAAGAAGGGCGACCGGGCUGAAGAUGGAGCGGGUCGGCAACUAGGUGAAGAUCUUGACCUGGAACUGGAAGUCCCGGUCCAGUCGACCUGGGGCGAUAUUUGGAAGGACGACGCCGAACUCUUCCUCCAUCGCAUGUCCAUCGGUGGCUGUCUUGUGGUCGGAAUUGUCUCUGGCCGUCAGAUUUCGGUCAACAACUUGCCAUUCCAUCUUUGGCAAGGUCGCGACGAUCAGGAGCAUCAGAUCGAAGUUAGAGUUUUUCCAGGAGAAAGAUUCCACCCUCUUCCGGGCAAAUCGGUAUCUGGCACUCUCGAAGCUCUUGAGCGAUAUUCUCGUACGGUCAUGACCCGUGUGCUUAGACCCAAUUAUCUGAUGGAGGGUAAAUUGGCUUGCCUUUUCGCGCCUUUGACUUCUGAGGGUGGAUUGGACGCCUCGAUGGUCCGGCGUCUAGCCGAAGGAGAAGCUGUCAAGACAUGGUCCUCUCCAGGAGCCUUCGACUAUCUGGCAUUCGAUUGCAUGGGUCGGCAGAUUCAAAUCGAGUGUGCCAGGCCGGACUUGACGCCGAAAUCGCUCCCAGUGUCCGUCAAACAGCCUUCUGGUGAACAAGUCUGUCGAGAGCAAGGCUUCGCGACGUACGAGGAAUACGCCGAAAAGAAGCUUACCUAUAUGCCGGGUUCUUACAAGCUCCUCGAGGGUGGAGAUCAGACGAUGUUGCAAGUGGUCUCAUUGCGGAGGCGACGAAACAAUCUUGUCAGCCAGAAGUAUGCCAUCCUCGCUGACAGCAUCCACGGUCGGACCAAGGGACAUCCUCAAGGCCAGCGCUUCAUCCUGCCACGCAAACUCGUCAGGCUUUCGACUAUACCUUUGGCUGUCAGAGAAUCAUUGAUGUUACUCCCCUCUAUUAUGCGUUACAUGACAGACUAUGACAGGUUGCAACAUCCUCCUUUGGACAUCGGCACACAUCAGAUCCAGCUUCCCAGGUUGCAUGAAGCCUUAUCCCCGCCUGCUGCCGUUUACGGACACGACUAUCAGAGACUAGAGACAUUGGGAGAUCGUGUCUUGCAACUGGCGACCACGGUGUUUCUGUAUCAGGAAUACCCGUUCAAGCACGAAGGAUUGCUCUCUCCCCUACGAGCGCACUCGGUAUGCAACAGGUUCCUCCGCAACAAGGCACACAUUGCUGGCUUGGGAUCCAUGAUGUGCAUGGAGUCGGUAAUGAUCGCAAAGUGGAAACCGCCAUACACGCACGAUCCUGCCACACGUACCGUCAACCGUAAAUGGAUGCAAGAUUGUCUUGAAGCUCUUUUGGGUGCAGCCUAUCUGUCUGGAGGGUUUCCGACGGCACUGAAGAUAGGUCAGGCAGUAGGAUUAUGCUUUGGCUCCACGGAACCUUGGGAAGAGAGACCGGGAGCGAUGCCUGCUCACACCGGACAACGGAUGGGGCGGGAUCUAGCUCGGCUGGAGGAACGUUUGAACUAUACCUUCGAAUAUCCUCAACUACUGCUCUCGUCUGUUACUCAUCCGUCUUACUGCGGCCUGGAAACUUCGCCCUAUCAGAGGCUAGAGUUCCUCGGUGAUGCUGUCCUCGACUUCGUGGUCAUGAGGCAGCUCUUCCUGGCCUUUCCCAAAGCAGACAGCGGCACUCUCAGUUGGAUGAAGAUGCUCUUUGUUUGCAAUGCAAGUCUGGCAUAUCUUUCGGUUCGGAUACUCAAGCUGCAUCAUUAUCUUUUGCACGAUUCGGCCGCGCUAUUGCGGACUAUCCAUCUGCACGUAGAAGAGAUCGAACAGAUCGACCUGAACAAAAUGAUCGAGGAGAUUUGGGAUUAUCAUCCCCCAAAAUUGUUCGCCGACAUAUUCGAAGCCGUUUGCGGUGCAAUCUUCAUCGACUGCGGUUACGAUGUCGACAAGGUGUCCGCGAUAUUGGGCCCGAUCCUCUCGCCGUUCUUUGCGAGUCUCAAGCACGCCGAGCGUAUUGAUCCUAUCUCGACGUUAAUUCGCUGGGCAGUCCGGGUCUAUAAAUGUCAGAAGGUUCGAUUCGCUAGAAUCGAAGUGGCCCAAGGCCAGCCUGAGGCUCGACAUACAUACAACGUACUGGUCCAUGACGAGGUCAUCGCGACGGCCGGCGCAGAUCACGCUUACACCGCAAAAUGCAAAGGUUCACAGAUCGCCUUUGAGAUCCUUCGGCGGGACGGCCGCAUGAGCGAGAUUUGCGACUGCCGACCUAUCGGCACCGACAUAGAAGAUACAGACGUUCGCGUCGACGAUGUCGAAGAUGGGAAUCUGAUGCAAGAAGAAUUGCAGAGGGUCUUCGAUCUUGGCAGCUGAAUGAGACAACGAUCUCUAUACCACGAUACAGGAAGCGGAAGUGACCGCGAUAACGAUUUAACGACAAGACGACUGGGUUACUCCCGCAGGCAGCGAACGAUCUAUUGAC